AAAAUUGGAGCUCGAAGAUAAUCAUAUAAGAGAACAACCCGAAACAGCCGAUAAGCCUUUUGAAAAUAGAGAGGCAGCCGAUGAGUCUUUUGAAAAUAGAGAGGCAGCCGAUAAGCCUCUUGAAAAUAAAGAGGUAGCCGAUGAGCCUUUUGAAAAUAGAGAGGAGGUGCUAAAAAAUGAUAGUAAAGAAGGCCCGAUACACGAAAUAAUUGAGAAUUUAAGUGAUGGAGAGACGAAUAAAGAAGCGGUUGAAAAUACUCAAAUAAUUGAAAUAAGUGAUGAUGAGGUGGUAUUAAAAAAAGGCAAAAUAACUGUUUUAAGCAGAGAUCAUAUACCUAAAACAGCAAAUAUAUAG